CAAAAUUUUGGUACAGAGGGGCCGCAGAAUACCGCCGAUCGGCGAACCCAUCUGCUUCCCGUCCACAGCUUUUCUCACUUUUUAAUCUAAUAAAAAAAAAGGAGAAGAGAUUCGGAUGUGAGCCAAUCCUUUUGGAAAAUCGCCUCCCAGUUCUUUGAAACCGUAGAUAGUUUUUUAUUUUGCUGCCCCAGUUUCUUCGGUCAAAUGGCUUUGCUUCGAAGUUAUUCAAAUGCAUCCUCUGGGAUGGGUGUUGCAGACCAUUGCAAGGAUACAUUCUUAGACCUUCAGAGGAAGAAGACGCACCGUUAUGUGAUUUUCAAAAUCAAUGAGAAGCAAAAGGAGGUUGUUGUAGAAAAGACUGGAGGUCCAGCUGAGAGCUAUGAUGAUUUCAUGGCUUCUCUACCAGAAAAUGAUUGCCGAUAUGCCGUCUAUGAUUUCGACUUUGUGACUGAUGAGAACUGCCAGAAAAGCAAGAUUUUCUUUAUUGCCUGGGUUAAAUCCUGUGGGAUAGGGAUGUCCCACUGCCCCACUCGUCUAAGCAGCAGCCUCGAUUGAUCAUCUCGGUCACCUUCUGUAUCUCGAAUCCGAGCUAAGAUGCUGUAUGCAACCUCCAAGGAUCGGUUCAGGCGAGAGCUUGAUGGAAUUCACUAUGAGAUUCAGGCAACUGACCCCUCGGAGAUGGACCUUGAGGUUCUUAGGGACAGGGCACAUUAAAUCACAGUUCAAGGGUCGUGCAAACUAAAACCAGUGAUGGGUGUACUCAGUCAUGCCCCUUUGAAAAUAGAUUCUUAUGAACUAUAUACAACUUUAGCAUGCUGGUUGAUAUUAAUGUUGUUGGAAAACCGAUAUUUAUAAAUUAUGGAAAGAGCUUGUAAACAAGUACAACUAUGGUGUGAUUAAUAUUGUUGUGCGUGAUUGGUGCCUGCA